AAGGCUCCACCUCGCGGUACGACGCGCAAGUUUACGUGUGACAAAUGCCACGCCCACCUUACGCUCGUGCUUCCUGUUGUGAAACGCAAGCUCAGAAGGCACCGGGUGCUCACUAAACUGAAUCUAUCAAAUCAUAUCUGAAGACAAGAGAAACCAUGUCAACCCAGGCAAACCGAGUGAUGGCUUUGUCGGAGUGGGAAGACAGGUGGCAGGAAGGCAGAAUUAGUUUUCACCAACCUCAAGUGCACAAGUUUCUGGAAAAAUACUUGGACAAAAUCGUACAUGGACAAAAGAGCAUUCGAUUCUUUUUUCCACUGUGUGGUAAAGCUGUGGACAUGAAAUGGCUGGCUGAUAUGGGUCACACAGUGGCUGGAGUUGAAAUUUCAGAAAAAGGAAUUAAACAGUUUUUUGAAGACCAAAGCCUUAGAUACAACGAAGAACCAGUACCAGAAAUUCCUGGAGCAAAGGUUUUUAAGAGUGCGGAUGGGAAGAUCUCCAUCUAUCAGAGUGAUUUAUACAAGUUCUCCAGUGCAAUUGCAGGGAAGUUUGGAGGAAUUUGGGAUAGAGGAGCACUGGUGGCUAUAAACCCAUGUGACAGGCAAAAGUAUGCUGCUCUCCUCACUUCCUUAAUGGAGAGUGACUGUAGAUAUCUUGUAGAUACGUUGGAAUAUAAUCCUGAGCAGUAUAAAGGUCCACCAUUUCUGGUCACAGAAGAGGGUGUAAAAAACUUAUUUGGAGCCUGUGACAUUGAAUUGCUUCAGUCUGCAGAUGGCUUUGAGGAAAGACACAGAGCAUGGGGAAUAGAUUACUUGACUGAGAAAGUGUACCUUCUCACUCCAAAGAAACAAUGAGUUAUUACAGUUGGCCUACUUGUCUUUACAUUCUAGGGUGGUAGUAAAUACAAAUAAACCAGCUAAAUGAAGCCAAAUUGCAAACAUCUUUUUUCACUCAAAUUACCGAUUUUUCUUUUAUAUUGAUUUAAUAAUUAAAGACAAUGUAUUUUAAUAAAUUGUGAUGGUUCUUUUAAAUUUUGUUGUUUAUUUUGUGAUUAGAGGAAUUGUUAACUGUAAUACACAUACAGUGAAUGCUCACAAGAUGGCGUCAGUUCAAAAGG